GGGCUCCUGAAUACAGAAGAGUGUUGUUGUCCUAUUUGCCUGGAUUUGCUGAAGGACACAGUGGCAAUUCCAUGUGGGUAUGGGUACUCCAUGGGAUGUAUUAGUGACUUGAUGAAAGGUAAUCAAGUUAUCGACUGUACCCAGUGCGGACAGACAUUUAGUCCUAGGCCAGUUCUGAAUGGAAACACCAUACUGGCAGAGAUGGUGGAGAAGAUGAAGGAACUGGAACUUUUAGAGGACUCUCAAAUCUUACAAAUCUCCUGCCUUGAAAAACACAAGCUGAUUGAAGCCUCAGUAAACCUACAGGAGAAAUGUCCUCAUCAUGACAAAUAUUUGGAAAUGUAUUGUAGAACUGAUCAACAUUUUUUUUGUGUAAUGGAUGACACCAAAGGUCACGAUACAGUGUCAGCUGCAGCAGAAAGCAAAAAGAAACAGAAAGAGCUAGGAUUGACCCGACAAAAAUAUAAACUCAAAAUCCACACAAAAGAGAAGGAACUACUCUACAACAAUAAUGUUGAAAUAAUAUCUCAAUUUCCCAUGGAAUCUGCCAUGGAAAAUAGUGAACAGUUUUUCAACAAACUGAUACAAUCUAUUGAAAGGAGGUGUAAAUUCAGAGACGAAUUCAGAGCUGUGUAGAGCAUGCUGCAGACUCUAGAGCAGGAAAUCACAGACCUCAAUCAGAGAGAUUGCAAGCUUGAGUUGCUUCUGAAGUCUGAGGAUCAGGUUCAUAUUCUCCAGAACUGUCAUUCCUUCUCCUUUCGGCUCCCUGAGCCACACUUUACAAUAGCAUCAUUCUCAGAUUUUGGGAAAGUGAAUGUUGCAAUAUGGAAAUAGCUUGUUGACAUCUUCAAAGGGGAAUAGCCCAGGAUCUAUCAAGCAGCUACGUCUAUGAAGAUCCUCCACUGCACAUUGCCCAAUAUUAGAGUUUCUAGGAACAACAAUGUGGUCAUCGUUCAGCAAGAGUCCAUUGACUUCAAACAGUACCGCCCUGCAGUGGGUUGCGAGAUAGGGUGUCAGCGACAACGAGCUGUUUUCCUGGCUGUUUAUAGGGUGCAUGACAGUGGAGAGAUCAGGAAGGAAUUUUCCCAAGUAGUUUAUCAUUCCAAUCCUUUGACGCAGUUCCGUUAUGUUCGUUGGGCUGGGGAGUUCCGCAAUGGCUCUGGCUUUCUCAGUGUCCGGUUUAAUGCCAUUCUUCCCAAUGAUGUGUCCAAAAUAGUGAAUCUCAGUGCAGAUGUAGUGCCGAAAGGAAGGCGACAGAAACAGAAGCGGCCCACUGGAGUAAUAAAGGUUGUAAGUUUCCUGCUGCUCUCAUCGAGUGGGAUCUGCCAAAACCCACUUGAUGCGUCCACUGUAGAGAACACUGUUGCGCUUGACAGUUUUGGUGCAAUAUCCUCAAGCGUGGGCAAGAUGAACCUUUCUCUUUUCACAGCUUCAUUCAGUUUGGUCUUCAUACCAUGUGUCCUCAUCACCUUCACUGCCAUCAGCAACAGCCCCGAGAAACCAUGCACUUACCUCAUCACUGUCACCCAUCACACCUUUCUCCUACAACUCAAUUCCCUAAUGGCCCAUAAGGACCUAAUUUUGUCAAAGGAGAACAGAGAAGUGACCGUUUGGAGUAGGGAGCAAUCCUGUCCUGACCACCCUGAGCGAUUUAAUUACUGGUGCCAGCUGCUUGGCACUGAGGGCCUGACAGUCUACAGCUAUUGAGAAGUGGAAUGGAGUGGGAUGGGUAUAAACACUGCUGUCCCAUACAAAAACAUUGCCAGGAAAGGGGAAAGAAGUGAAGCUCACUUCUGUCACAAUGACAAAUCCUGGAGUUUGUUCUGCUAUAGGAAAGGUUAUGCUUUCAGACACAAUGGGGUUGUCAGUAAGAUCUUUUAGCCUGGAUCGUCAAAAAUUGAUGUUCAUCUAGAUCACAGGGCAGGGACACUGGCCUUUUACAGGGUUGAUGACUAAAUGAUCCUCCACAGAUUUCAGACCACAUUCACACAGCCUCUCUAUCUGGGCUUUGAGUGUCAGUUGGAGUGA